AUCUUUUAUCCUUCUGGCCGGGCGCUUUUUGGAGAUCUUGGGUUUUCGGUGUCGGUGUCGGCGUCGGCGGAGGUGGAGGUGGGAAGACCGAUCAGCAGCAACACCGCCGGUAGCGCAUCGUGGCGACAAUCCCGAUCAAUGUAUCCAACCCCAGCAAUUUGCACUAAAAUCUAUAGGAAGCUGGUUUUCUUUCUUUAGUCUCCUCUGAAUAUGGAGUCCAGAUAUUUUUUGGAAAAGCCGAUGGUGGGAGGUGUGGAUUUUAAAUACCGAUCGGUUCUCAGAGAGACCCGCUCGGAGAAAAGCGGUGUCCAGCCGGUGUACACAAACGGCCCGGUGCACUACAGCUUAAUCAUAGACGGCGGAUCGACAGCUAGAAGCGAGCAGACCUCUUCUAAAGGGACCCGGCUGCCUUCGGGUGGGCGGUUAUUGCACGACACGGAGAAAACUGGUCGAGGGGACCAAAAAGAUACAGGUCCUUCUGGGAUCUUGAAGAGGGCCAGUCCAACCAACUGUCCGAGCACAAAUGGGCAGAUACCCGGCAGCUCUACGACCUUGGACAUCAGGAACCCAGAAAAGCAAGUGGAGAGAAUCAUCAACUUCAGGGCAACACCAGGACAAAACGUAGCACCAGCAGAGAAGCAAGCCUGCACUUCCUCCCAUAUCCCCGUUCCCAGAAACAGAAAGCCCUCAGGUCACGCUGAUAAGGAGGUGAUGGCCGCCACUGUGCUGACAUCGCUCUCCACAUCCCCACUGGUGCUGUGCCCAUCCUCUGUACCCACAGUGCCAGAACCCUCCAGCAGGGUGUGGAAGGAGGCACUGUCUGCCAGCUACAGCAGCUCCACCAGUGGCAACUGGAGCUGGGAUGCCAGUGACCAAUCGGUGCCCUCCACACCGUCCCCGCCUCUCCUGAACGACACCAAUAAGAGCUUCUUGGUGUCGCAGGGUGAUGAUGUCAGCGAGGACGUAACUGAGAACACACACUUCAUGUUCGAGGAUCCCAUACCACGCAAAAGAAAGAACUCCAUGAAGGUGAUGUUCAAGUGCUUGUGGAAGAACUGUGAAAAGGUGCUGAGCACCUCCUCAGGAAUCCAGCGACACAUCCGCACCGUCCACCUCGGGCGUAACAGCGACUCGGACUACAGCGAUGGCGAGGAGGACUUCUACUACUCUGAGAUUGAGGUCAACAUGGACAGCCUGUCUGACGGUCUGUCCAACCUGGCCCCCACGUCCCCAACCACGUGUGGUCCGUCUCCCAUCUUCCCUCCUCCGCUGACCGACAUCCCUCACUCCGAAAACAUCAGCAUGAACGGACUGCAGAGCCACGCGCCGACGCUGCUCAGCCAGUCGGCUCCCUCGACGCUCUGCCACAUCCGCACUGACCACGCCUACCAGGCCACUGCUCCAGUGAGCAUCAACAUGGGUCCGGAGCUAACUGAGUUAGCCAGUGGUAAUGAGGCCAGGCCUGGAAUUGGGACAGGAAAUGGCAUCAGUGUGUCAUGGCAGUCGCCUCCUGUCAUUUUCAAAGGCGUCUCGGGACCGGUCACUCACGUGCGCACAGUCAGUUUCGGAGAGAAGCGCCAGCCGGUGGUCAGCACAAAUGCCACAGUCACCAAGAACCAUCCCUCGAACGUGUCGGCAGCUAAAGCAACACCAGGAAACAGGAAACCUCGCGGCGAGGCUAAGAAGUGCCGGAAGGUGUACGGCAUGGAGAAGCGAGACAUGUGGUGCACUGCCUGCCGAUGGAAAAAGGCCUGCCAGAGAUUCACCGACUAACAAGUCAGUCCGAUGAGAGCUGAGCUUCAGUGCUUUUUUUUUUGUUUGUUUUUUUUCCCUCCCAGAGGUUUGCCUUCUCCCUUUUUUUUAUUUUUUUUGUUCCCAGUCACAGAGAAAAUGACAAGAAGACAAUGACCGACAACAUUUUCUGUUGAGGAAAAAGCCUUUUAACGGGAGCCCUUUUUUUAAAAAAACAAAAAGUCACUUUUGUACAACCUCAGACUGCGGAUAAGCUUUUCAAGUCUGUUUCAUGGGAUGGAUUCUUUUUACCGUCCCGUAGCUUCUCUCACCACCUAACAUCACCGUAUCCAGCAGCCUUAAUCUUCACCUCGUCCAGUGGUACAAGCGCCCCCCUGUGAUCGUCACAUGAAAUACAUCUUCCCUCUCUUCUUUCUCUGCUUAACCUGUAGAUAUUUGCACCUUCAAGAAAUAAGCCAACCUUCUGGAUAUCACUUUAAGCGUAUACCCGAGAGAGUGGACAUCUAUUUCUUUGUUUUGUUUUUAAAAUCGGCAUGAACGUGCCGCAGCAGCUCACAGUUGCACCGUGCAAUCGGCAAGAUUACAGAAUUUAAUGUUGUCUUUCUUGCUUUGACAUUGUCUUUGAGGUGGAGUCGAGGCGAAGGGCUCUUGUCUUGACAGCUGAUCUCCAAAAUUACUCUGACUCCGAUGUGGUCAGUCAUUAGCUCAACAAUCACUUCCUGGUUGUGAAUCAGGAUUAUUUUUAAAAUGUAAUUUUCACUCAGUUUGUCUUAAAAAAAAAAAAAAAAAUCAUAUUUUGGAAAAGAAAGGUGAGAAUCAAAUCCAGUCGGAAAACUUUUUUUUUUUUUUUUUAAAUUA